AACUGGAUCAGCUGGGGUUUCAGCUAUGAGUCGGAGACCAAGGACAACACGGUGAUGCACAUGACCUUCUUCUGCUCCGUUACGCUGUGCCUAGUAUUUGGUGGCUUCAUCUGGGCCUACAUGCCUGAUUACAGAAUGGUUGACUGGGCACAGCGAGAGGGCUACCUGGAGCUGAGACGACGAGAGGCUGAGGGACUCCCUUUGAUCGACCCGAACCUGGUCAGUGUUGACAAAUUUGAGCUGCCAGAAGACGAAGAGCUGGGCGACACCGAGAUUAUCAUCUAAAAAAGAAAACCUGUUUAGGAGAAUAGUGUCAUUUCUUUUGCUUCAGAGAGCAUCUGAGAUUCCCCAUAUUUGUGCCCAAACAGGUGUUAGUAUUUAUUGUAAUUUUUACAUAUUUCCUUGCAGGUGUUAUGGAAUGCAAGAAAUCCUUGGUGUCCAUUUUGUAAAUAUCAAUAUGUUUAAAUGAAAUAUAUAUGCACCACACAGUUCUUA